AUGUCUCUCCCACUCGAAGGAAUAAAGGUCAUAGAGCUCUCUGGGCUUGCUCCUGCUCCAUUCGCUGGAAUGAUAUUGGCAGACUACGGCGCAACGGUUAUUCGUGUAGAUAGACCUGUCAAUUUCAAUCCGGAUGUACUAGCUCGCCACAAACGAUCUAUUGCUUUGGAUCUCAAACAGCCAAAGGCAAUCGAAACCCUUAGACGUAUUCUUAAAGAAUCUGACGUAUUGCUAGACCCAUAUCGACCUGGUGUCUUGGAAGCUUUAGGUCUCGGUCCGGACGUUUUGCUUAAGGACAAUCCACGAUUGAUCAUUGCACGUUUGAGCGGAUAUGGUCAAACUGGGGCAUGGAGCAAAAUUGCAGGCCACGAUGUCAAUUAUUUAGCAGUAUCGGGAGUUCUUUCGCUUAUAGGCAGACAUGGGGAAAAUCCAUUUUUCCCUGUUAAUAUUCUUGGAGACUUCGCAGGUGGUGGUUUAAUGUGCGUCACUGGUAUUCUCAUGGCUGUCAUUGAACGGAAUCGGUCUGGCAAAGGUCAAAUCAUUGAUGCAAAUUUAACUGAUGGAGCAGGUUAUCUCGCUUCCUUCCCAUAUUAUAUGCGGAAGAAUGGUUUCUCCUGGACUGAAGAGCGGGGUAAAAAUAUGCUGGAUGGUGGAGCCCCAUUUUAUGAGGUGUAUAGAACAAAGGAUAACAAAUUCAUGGCCGUAGGAGCCAUUGAACCUCAGUUCUACAAGGCUUUCCUCAAAGGUCUCGGUUUAACUGAAUCUUCCUUGCCUCCUCAAAUGGACGCAGACCAUUGGGAAGACACUAAGAAGAAGUUUACUACGUUGUUUGGCUCAAAGACUCAGUCGGAAUGGACGCAAAUAUAUCAAAAUACCGAUGCAUGCGUGACACCUAUUUUGGACUUUAACGUGGAAGACAACAACGAGAAAGGGUUUGCCGCUAAUCCCAAGCCCGCUCCUUUAUUGUCAAGAACUCCAGCAAAGGACUCUUCCAAGGAGUCUGGCAUUCUGGAACCCGGUUUACAUUCUGCUGCCGUUCUCAAGGAAUUUGGUCUCACUAACCAAGAAAUCCAAGAGCUCAUCAAACGACGUGUCGUUAAGUCAAACGAUAUCAAAUCUUCGCUUUAA